AUGCUAGAUUUGUCUAUAAACAAGGCCGUAAGAGCAAGAAACAUCCCAUUGCUUCUUGCAUUCUCACCCUACCAUCGUCAUCCAACCUCAAGCACUUACCGCAAUCCCCAUCUGCUUAUUUUAUACCGUAUGAUGUACACCAUCACGUCUAAAGAGUCGUUUGUUCUCCUGCCUCUCGAGAGCGGGAUUCUACCUUUCCCGCUGAAACGCGACGUCAUCGAAACGCUCCCUCGGUUUGGAAGGCCAGAGUACGGGUCUGAAGAUGAGGGCGAACUAGCCAUUCUCCUCGUUAGUAAGUCCGUGCGAAGGUUUUCCGACCGCCUCAGUGGACUUUUUCGUCGUCGUGAUCACCAGCGCGGAGUCAAGGCCGUCCUCUCUCCCAAGGUCAAAGACGCGGACGGUGUCGACAGCGACAACGCGCUAUUGUGGUUCACUAGCGCGGACAACUGGCGCCCUGGAUUGCUGCCUCUCGAGCAGGCUGCACGUCGUGCGGACAUCGGAGGGAGGAAAUUGGUCACCGCCCUACGCCUAGAACGAGAAGACCCGGGUUCAGCGUCACCUGUGAUUGGCGCAGAGAAUGAGACGAGUGCCUGCGGCUCUAGUUGUUACAGUCUACUGACGUUUCUCAACAGACUUAGAGUUGAGCUGGCGUCAGCUAUCAAACGAAAGGGCAUAUCCGUCGUGAGGCAGGUCGCGCCUAAUACAAGCGUCCGAAUACGAGGUGGACAGGAGAUCGGGAUUCCCUCCUCCCCGCUUAAAUGCGAUACCAUCGACGCACUCCCUCGGUUUGGUGAGCCAGAGUAUCGGUUUGAGGAUGAGGGUGAACUAGCCACUCCCUUCAUCAGCGAGUCUGUACCGAGGCUUACCGAUCACCUCGUUGGAGUCCAGCGUUGUGCAGCGCGGAGCCAAGGUCAUCCUCAUAGUUCCUGCUUCUCUAUUUGUCACGUUUCACUAAAUGUUACCUACAGAUUUCGAGUUGCUUUCCCGCUUAUACGCGAUGCCACUGAUGUCCUUCCUCGGAAUGGGAAGCCAGCGCACGGGUUUGAGAGCGAGGGCGAACUAGCCACUCCCCUCGUAAGCAAGUCUGUGCCGAGGCUUUCCGACCGCCUCAGUGGAGUCUUUCGCCGUCGAGUUGCUUAUGCGCGAUACCAUCGAUGUCUUCCCCGGAAUGGGAAGCCACAGCACGGGUUUGAGAGCGGGGGCGAACUAGCCACUCCCCUCAUAAGCAAGUCUGUGCCGAGGCUUUCCGACCGCCUCAGUGGAGUCUCUCGUCGUCGCGAUCCCCAGCGCCGGGUUACCAAGGUCGAUGACGCGAGCAUUGUCAAUAGCGACAGUAGACUAACGUGGUUUACCAUCCCCGUGCAAUUUGGCGCCCUGGGACCAGACGAUUCGGAUUCAGCGUCACCUGAGGUCGGCACGGAUAACAUGAGACGAGUGCCCGUGCCCCUACUUGUUACAAUCCACAAUAGGCAACUUGAGUCGAAUGCGAGCACCCGAGUACGAGAUGAAGUGUGGACCAGAAUUCUGUCUUUCCCCCCUAAGUGCGAUACCAUCAACGCACUCCUGCGGUUCGGAAAGCCAGAGCAUGGGUUUGAGAAUGAGGGCGAACUAGCCACUCCCUUCGUCAUUAAGUCCGUGUCGAGGUUUUCCAUCCGCCUCAGUGGAGUCUUCGUCGUCGCGAUCACCAGUGCGGAGUCAAGUCAUCCUCAGACUUAUGCGCGAUACCACCGACGCAUUUCCUGGGUUAGUAAGCCAGAGUAUGGGUUUGAGGAUGAGGGCGACCCAGCCACUCCCUUCGUCAGCGAGUCUGUGCCGAGGCUUUCUGACCGCCUCAUUGGAGUCUUUCGUCGUGCAGCGCGGAAUUUCGGAUUGCUUUCCCGCUUAUACGCGAUGCCACUGAUGUCUUCCUCGGAAUGGGAAGCCAGAGCACGGUGGAGUCUCUCGUCGUCGCAACCACCAGCGUGGAGUAAAGGUCAUCCUCAAAGUUCCUGCUUCUCUAUUUGUCGCGUUUCACUAAAUGUUCCCUACAGAGUUCGAGUCACUUUCCCGCUUGUAUGGGAUACCAUCGAAGCAUUCCCUCGGUCAGAUAAGCCAGAAUACGGGGUUGAGGAUGAGGACGAACUGGCCACUCCUCUUGUCAGCAAGCCUGUGCAGAGGUCUUCCAACCGCGUCGCCGGAGCAUUUCAACGUCGCAAUUACCAUCAUCGAGUCCAGACCGUAUUUCAAUCAAGGUCAACGACGCGGACGAUGCCAAUGGCGAUGAUAGGCCAAUGUGGUUCACCGGUCGAGGCAUUCGAGCGCGUUAGUGUCUGUUUGCGAAGGUUGGGAGGGUGGACAUCUUUUCUGGGAAUGACUCUCCCAGAAAAACGACUAGAAGACUCAGAUUCAGCGUCACCUGUGGUUUGGCGUCAAGUCAGCAUCGGCUAUUGCGUAUUCACCAUAGAUAGAUUGAGUCGAAUGCGAGCACCUGAGUACAAGAUGAACAGUAAACCGGGAUUCUGCCUUUCCCGCUUAAACACGACACCAUCGAUGUCCUCCCCCCGGGUUAGAAAGCCAGAGCACGGGUUUGAGGAUGAGGGUGAACUGGCCACUCCAUUCGUCAGCAGGACUUUCGUCGGCGCAGCCAUCAGCACCAAGUCAAGGUCGUCCUCUCUGCCAGGACUACAAGACCCGGAUUCAGCGUCGCUUGUGGUUGGCACGGACAUCGAGCCGAGUACCCGCAUUUCUACUUAUUCCAAUCCACUGAUUUUCCUCUACAGGUUUGGGGUUGAGUCAGUGUCGGCCACUGAACGAGAGCUUGGCCACCAGGAGAUCAGGCUUUCACCUUUCCCGCUUAUACGCGACAUCUUCAACGCGCUCCCGCGGUCCAGGAGAUCAGAGUACGGGUUUGAGGAUGAGGGCGAACUGGCCACUCCUCUCAUCAGCAAGCUUGUACCGAGGUUUUCCGACCGCAUCGCCGGAGCCUUUUGUCAUCCCGAUCACCAGCGCCUGGUCAAGGUCAUCGUCUCUACCAAGGUCAGUGACGCGGACGACGUCAGCAGCGACGAUAAGCUAACUUGGCUCACCAGCCCCAACAACUGGUGCCCUGGUCUGUUACCUUUCGAGAGGUUGCGUGUCGUGCUGUUCGUCGAGGGAGGGAGGACAUCUUUCCUAGAGAUGUCUAUCCAGGAGACGACUAGAAGACCCGGAUCCAGCGUCGGCUCUGAUUCGGAGUUGAGCCGGUUGAGUCGGAUGCAGGCUUCCGGGUACGAAGUAGGCAGGAAACCGGGAAUCCACCUGUCCUGCCUAUAUGCGACACCUUCGACACGCUCCUGCGCAAGCCCGUGUCGAGGAUUUCCGACUGCAUCGCCGGAGCUUUUCACUAGUUAUCCUCCCUACCAAGUUCAAGGAGCGACUGAUGUCAACUGCGACGAUAGGACAAGGAGACCUGGAUUCAGCGUCGACAGUAGUUCGCGCGGACAACUUGAGACGAGUACCCGCGUCUCUACUUGUUACAGUUCCCUGAUGUUCAUCUGCAGAUUUGGCGUUGAGCCAGCGUCGCCAGAGCACGGAUUUGAGAGCGAGGGCGAACUAGCCACUCUCCUCGUAAGCAAGUCUGUGCCGAGGAUUUCCGACCGCCUCAGUGGACUUUUUCGUCGUCGUGAUCACCAGUGCGGAGUCAAGGUCGUCCUCUCUCGCAAGGUCAAAGACGCGAACGAUGUCGACAGCGACAACGCGCUAUUGUGGUUCACUAGCGCGGACAACUGGCGCCCUGGAUUGCUGCCUCUCGAGCAGGCUGCACGUCGUGCUGACAUCGUAAGGAGACCCGAGGCAUUCGAGCGCGUCUGA